AUGCUUUGUUCACGUUUGUUUUGUUUUGACGCGGAGCAUGUCGGGAAAUUAAACAUGGCGACCUCCGCGGGACAAGACGGAACAUCUAACUCCAGUUCAGAUGUAGAUAAUCUACUGCACCCUGAGCUUUUGUCUGAAGGAUUUCUCAAACUAAUAUUAAAAGAGAGAGAAGUGAAGAUACCCGCCUGUCUGAGUCGGGACGAGCUCACGGAGCUUUACCUCCGUCAUGUGAUGCCCUUACCGCAGAGACCGCUGCCCUCCACCCGCUGGGGCCGGAGUGUGUCCCGGGACCGAGACUCGCACCCUCCGCCCUCAUCCGCGCGCAAUAGCGACUCCAACAGAAAAAGGCCAUUGAUAACCUUUGAUGGAAGCUCCUCAAACAGCGGACCUUUAAAAGUGCGGAGACCAGAGGGAGGCAGUGUUCCAUCUGGAAGCACAGACCGGUUAAAGCCUCCUCCAGGAGCAAGCAUGGCCAGCCCCAUACGGAAAAUAACUACAGUCAAGCAACCAGCAUCUACAGAGAAGGCCACUUUUACACAAGAAGCACAUCAUUCUAAUUUAGAUUCUCCUACGGCGAAGAAAAAGAUUCAGCAUUCACAGAACGGCACGGUCCUCCACAGUGGAGGACUGUUGGACGAGGCUAGUGCUGUCGGAGGUGGACGUUCAGGAGAGGACAGAGCUGUUGGCGGGUUGCUGGUUGGGGAAGACCCGGCCCUGGCCUUCUGGGCCAGAUUUACUUUGAGGGUGCAGGACAAGUAA